GCCAGUUUACUUGAUGAAUACAGUGAAACAUUCAAGAUGGAUAACAACAGUACACGCACCACUGAGGCUGACUGUAAUGAACCUAAUGUACAAUUUCAGAACUCCCUCUAUGCAACCACCUAUAUCCUCAUAUUCAUCCCAGGUCUUCUGGCUAACAGCGUAGCCUUGUGGGUCCUGUGCCGCUUCAUCAGCAAGAAAAAUAAAGCCAUCAUUUUCAUGAUCAACCUAUCUGUGGCUGACCUUGCUCAUGUGCUGUCCUUACCCCUCCGGAUUUACUAUUACAUCAGCCACCACUGGCCUUUUCAAAAGGCCCUAUGCCUGCUGUGUUUCUACCUGAAGUAUCUCAACAUGUAUGCCAGCAUUUGCUUCCUGACAUGCAUCAGCCUUCAGAGGUGCUUCUUUCUUCUCAAGCCCUUCAGAGCCAGAGACUGGAAGCGUAGGUAUGAUGUGGGCAUCAGUGCUGCCAUCUGGGUCAUCGUGGGGACUGCCUGUUUGCCAUUUCCAAUCCUGAGAAGCACAGAGUCAUCUAACAAAAAUGCAUCCUGCUUUGCUGAUCUUGGUUACAAGCCAAUGAAUGCAAUGGCUUUGGUCGGGAUGAUUACAGUUGCUGAGUUUGCAGGAUUUGUGAUCCCAGUGGUAAUCAUAGCAUGGUGUACCUGGAAAACCACUAUAUCCUUGAGACAGCCACCAAUGGCUUUCCAAGGAAUCAGUGAAAGACAGAAAGCACUGCGGAUGGUUUUCAUGUGUGCAGCAGUCUUCUUCAUCUGCUUCACUCCUUAUCAUAUUAACUUUAUUUUUUACAGCAUGGUAAAGGAAAAAAUCAUUAGCAGUUGUUUCUUUGGCCAAAGCACACUGUAUUUUCACCCUUUUAGCCUGUGUCUUGCAAGUCUUUGCUGCCUUUUGGAUCCAAUUCUCUAUUACUUCAUGGCCUCAGAGUUUCGUGACCAGCUAUCCCGCCAUGGCAGCUCUGUGAUCCGUUCUCGCCUCAUGAGCAGGGAGAGUGGCUCAUCAAUGAUUGGCUAA